UGAGAGAGGACGGAGAGGAGGGAGUCGGCAGCGUAUGGGGUCUUUGGAAUCGAGUUGCCGGUCCCUUGGGAGCUGUUGAUAGCCGCCGCCCUUGAUUGUAAGUUGUAUUAUUAUCGACGAGAGUGGGGAGGCUUAAUGAUUGAGAAAUUGGAAAUGCAAGCAGGAGCGCUGGAAGGUCCGCAGGAGUGGCGCAGAAAGAGCUUUGGCUCUGGCACGUCACGGCCCCGGCCAGGAGCGAGGAGACGGUUGAUUGUUGUGUACCGCAAUUCACCUGUUGAGUUAGAAAAUUGGAAGAAAUUGCGAGACACCGUGGGCAGAACGUGCAGCUGCAAAGCUUCUGGGGCGAUCCUGGAACACGCACGAUGUGGGGUGUUGCCGCGUGAGAAAGGUUGUGGUGCGCAAGAGAGUUCAGCGCAAGUCCUCGAGAGAGAAGAGCAAUACAUACGUUGGCAACUAUAAGGUUAGUCAUCGGCGGCCGAGGCGUACACGGGCGUCAUACUGGCGUCAGCCUCGAGCCUUUGGCCGACUUGGGUAGCUGGCAAGGAGCGGUGACUAAACCAAGCAAAACGAAGAAUUCGCGUGGGCACUUCACAUUGUGGUGUACCGUACUUGGAAGUCACAUGGAGCUGCGCAGGAGGCGCGUUGACGCCUGGCUGAUGGGCGUGGCUGCUGUUGAGGUGAGGUGAGGGAGGGGGGAGCACAGCACGGGAGCACAGGUGAACGGCAGCGGUGGCAGAACGGGGCGGGGAAGGCACCAGGUGGCAGUACGUGUGCACAUGUUGCGGUCGGUCGUGAGUGCAUACUUGCGCGGUGAUGGACUGGUGGGCUGUUGAUGCCUGGCAGCGUGCAUGCACCAACGCUCUGCACAACAAACUUGAGUUGUCGGUGGCAGGAAACUGGGAACCCACACACAUCACACGAGCUAGAGAUGGAGAGAAAGGUUGGGUUUGCCCCGGUCGUGCAGGUGCGGUUGAGGACGACAGACGACGGCGCAGUCCGCCGCGAGUGAGCGAUGUACGGCUAGCAUGAAGAACAAGAGCAAAUGCAUGGAGGUGUGCGAGAGGGUGUACAGUCUGUGCGGUGCGUGGUGCAUCUGCAUAGCUGCAGCCGCUGGCGCAUGAGCACGCGGCAAGUAAAUAAACAGUUGCAUCAGUUAGCAAACGCCGUGAAAGCAUUGAGGCAGUAUACCUAGGUGCUCUCAUGAAGGCCCGGAAAAAAGGAGCCAGCCCCACGGGCUCCGUGGCGGUUGGAAGGCGGUGUUAGUCGUGGUGGUGUUUGCGGUGCCGGUGGUGAUGGUGCAUGAGUUGCGGUGAGUUUGUGCCGCUGGGCGUGUGGGAGGACCAGCUGCCUGUGUGGUGUGGCGGUGCCGCACGGUGAAGAGAGCCUGCAUGCACGAUGCCGCCAUUAGGCCUCGGCGCUGCAACCCAUAUCCGAGAAUGCAUUACAAUUCUUUGCUACAGCAUUGCGUAUCGAAGCAGGGUUGCCGAGGACGAAGCGGGGGAGGUGGAGAGCCCAGCGGGCUUGGCGCUCGGGCCUGAUACGUUUCGCGCAGGCGUGGCCCGACGUGGAGGUUGGCCCUUGAAAAGAAGAGCUGGGAGAAGCAGGCGCCUUGUGAGGAGUCUGUAGGUGCUGAGGUGUGCUGCGCCCGGCUUGGGCCGGGCCGGGCUGGGAAGAGGUGAGGCUGUGGCGGCGGCAGCCGGCCGCAGGCGGUGGCACUAGCCUGCUACCGCGCAACGCGGCAGGAAGCCAGAUUGCGAAGAUCAAGGCACAUGGCGCAGAUGGAUGAAAGUUGCGCAGAUGAAAGCAGGAGGUGGUUGCGAGGGAGGAGUGCGAUCCGGCUAUUCUGGAUGGAGCACCCGACCGGUAUGUGCGUGUGCGAGUGCGUGUGCGUGUGCACGUGUGUAUGUACGCGCGUGUGUGUGUGUGUGUGUGUGUGUGGAGACGAGCAGGCCCGGCGAUUGCUGUAGCCCAGUGGCUGACAUGUGCACAGAGUUUGGCUGUCAAGGGAGGUAAUGUGGUGUGCAAAGUCCUGACAGUGCGAUUGAUGUUCUCAUUAUGUUGCCCCUUUUACUUAACGGUGCAAAGAGAGGCAGGAGGAGGGCCGGCUGCCAGCGCCGCAGACCAUGCGGACUCACCCCAGCUGCCCCUCCUGCCGUGACGUGCGAUUGACACGGGUAGCUCUCUUGCCUUCGUGGUUGUUCAUUUGCAUGUCUGUAGCAUUAUGUUGCAGAUGGGUAGCUGCUGCAGUUGGUCUAUGGUGCGUAGUUCGUGUGUGCAUGUGUAUCGCCUGGUGCGCUGUAGCGCUUGCCCAUUUGGGCGGAUGGCCUCGAGUGGUGGGGGUAGUGGUGGCACGCGGCCAAGGUGUUGCGCAGCAGCAAACACGCUGAGGCGCAGGGUCCGCCCGCACUGUACUUCAGUGACGUAGGAAUUUACUAUCUGCAAAAAUCGAAUGUCGUUGGUCAAGAAUUGUUGUUGCUAUAGAAGCUUACUCAUUGUUGUAUGUAUUAUUUCCUCCACGCAUUGCUGCGGCGGUCGCACGGGCGCCUGGGGACUGGCUGACUGCACGAGUUGCGCCCCAGCCCCCAGGGUCUGCCCCGGCUCCCAAGGCUGCAUCAGGGAUGGGGCACGUGGACAGCGAGAAGGAUAGGCACCGUGCUGCUGCGGUGACACGCUGGGCCCGCAUUGAUUGACAGAGAGGUGACGAACUGUUUGAGGGCGAAGGCCUGGGAGGUGGUGCACGGCAGCAGGGGCGCCUGCAGUGUGUGCUUAGUAGUGAGGGGCGGCGGCACGGCACGGCCGCAGCUCACAUGAGCGCGGCUCUUGAUGUCGCUCGUUCCCUGUCGACGAGGCUGACGGGGCUGCGUCCAGCUAUGCGGUGAUAGCGCACUGUCUAUUGAGGUGGAACGACGAGAAUAAGUUACAGGCAGGAUCCCCACAAUGAAAGGGCUACCAAGCGCACCGGUGCACGGCAUUAUUUGGCAUGUAAUGAACCAUUGCU